AUGAAUGAGUAUAGCAACAUGGAGGAAUUCGCCGAGGGUUUCAAGAUAAACGCGAGCAAGACUCAGCAGGAUGACGGUACAAUGUUUAUCGGAGGCUUGAGCUGGGAUACAAGCAAGAAAGAUCUGACUGAACAUCUGUCUCGAUUUGGAGAGGUUGCUGACUGCACAAUUAAAACAGAUCCAGUCACCGGCCGCUCAAGAGGAUCUGUGCUUUUUAAAGAUGCUGCUAGUGUUGAUAAGGUUUUGGAACUGAAAGAACACAAACUGGAUGGCAAAUUGAUAGACCCCAAAAGGGCCAAAGAUUUAAAGGGGAAGGAGCCCCAAAAGGUUUUUGUGGGUGGAUUGAGCCCAGAUACUUCAGAAGAACAGAUUAAAGAAUAUUUUGGAGCCUUUGGAGAGAUUGAAAAUAUUGAACAUCCCAUGGAUACAAAAACAAAUGAGAGAAGAGGAUUUUGCUUUAUCACAUACACAGAUGAAGAGCCAGUAAAGAAGCUGUUAGAAAGCAGACACCACCAAAUUGGUUCUGGGAAGUGUGAAAUCAAAGUUGCACAGCCCAAAGGGCUAUACAGGCAGCAGCAACAGCAGCAGAAAGGAGGAAGAGGUGCUGCAGCUGGUGGUCGGGGUGGUACUAGGGGUGGUGGACGAGGUCAGGGCCAAAACUGGAAUCAAGGGUUUAAUAACUAUUAUGAUCAAGGAUAUGGAAAUUACAAUAGUGGUGAUCAAAACUAUAGUGGCUAUGGCAGAUAUGAUUAUACUGGAUUUAACUAUGGAAACUAUGGAUAUGGACAGGGAUAUGCAGACUACAGUGGCCAACAGAGCACAUACGGCCAGGCAUCUCGAGGGGAAGGCAAUCACCAAAACAAUUACCAGCCAUACUAAAGGAGGACAUUGGAGAAAACAGGAGG